AUGUUAAUCGGUUUUAAUUCGAAUAAAUGGUUUGAAAAAUCGUUCGAAGAUGAAUAUCAUUUGAGAAUGACAAAUAUUGAUAUAACAAAAAUCGAAGAAAAUGUGGAACAAGUUUUAGGUUAUCCAAAAAAUAUUCUUUCAAAUCAAUUUUUAAUUAAAAAUCAAUAUUUAUGUGGUCAUACAUUAAAUCUUGAAACACUUAUUUAUCCACAUUUAAUUAUUUUAGUUAAAUCAAAUAGUGAAAAUUUUAAAGAAAGACAAUCAAUUAGAAUGACAUGGGCACAGAAAUCUCAUUUAUCAAGUAAAAAUAUUCGAUUAGCUUUUGUUUUAGGUACCAAUCCACAUAAUAUAAGUGUUAUGGAUGAAUCCAACAAAUAUGAAGAUAUAAUUCAAAUAGAUAAAAUCGAUUAUUAUUAUUAUAGUUCAUAUAAAAUGAUAAUGAUGCUUCGUUGGAUAAAUGAUUAUUGUACGUCAAAAUCACGUCGAACGUCUCAUAUCGAUUUAGUAAAUUAUGUUUUGUUUGUUGAUGAUGACUAUUAUAUAGAUUUAGAUUUAUUAUUAUUAUAUAUAUAUAAUAUUGAUCAUGAUAGUGAAAUGACAACUUAUGAAAGACGAACAUUUAUUACUGGUGAAUUAAUUGAAAAAUCUCGCCCACGACGAAAUUUAAAUGAUCAUUAUUACGUAUCACUUAUUGAUUAUCCAUAUGAUAUUUAUCCAGAUUAUAUAUCGAGUCAAUGUUUUUUAAUGACACGAUACAAUGCACGUUUAUUCUAUAUUGGAUCAAAAUAUACUCGUUUAUUUCAUUUCGAUAGUAUUUAUAUGGGGCUUUUAGCUUAUUCAAUGUCAAUUAAAUUAAUUAAGAAUAAUGAACUUUUUUCAACAACUUUAUCAUCAAUUAAUAUUUUUAAUUAUCAAAAUCAAUUUUUAUCAAGAUGGAAAACAAUAUUUAAUAAUAAAAUUAAUUUUAAUUCAACAAAAAAAUCAAUUUGUACUCGAGGAUAUCGAAAUGAAAAAUUAAUUCAAUUAUGGAAUGAACUUCAUCAAACUAAUUUGACUUUUGCAUUUUGA